CUCUUUUUUCUCCUUUUUUUUCUCUCUUCAUACUUCAAUUUAAGCUAUUAUUGUUUACAGCAUGUAUUUAUUUGAUACCAAUGAAAGACGAACCACUAGACACAAACGAAGCAAGUCUAAGAAACUGACUAACUCUGCCGAAGCAAAAGCAGAGGCAAAGGCUAAAAAGAUACAACAGGAUGAUAUGGAUGCUUUACAGAUUACAUUCUAUGAAAUUGAAUCAUGGAUAGAAAAGACCUCGCCCGUAUUAUCGAGAAUGACAAAAGAGUUAGAUAAAGUCUCACGACAUUUCGAUAAAAAAAAGGGACCGCCGUUAAUAGACAACCGGCAAUCGUUUAUACAAUCUUUACCAAACUAUACAACGUCUGGUGAAAUUGAAAGGUUAGAUACCCAAGAGCACCAAGACCUAUCAUCAAUGCAGUGGACACUUUCGUUUCAACCGGGAAAUUCAAUGAGAUUAGAGACAAAUAUCAAAUCAGUGGAACAACUAAUUGAAGCAGUGCAAAAAAUACAAAUCAUUACAGAGUCAACAGAACAACCAACCAAUAUAUUUGUUCCUAGUUUGACGAACGAGGACUGUGAUGAAUCUGAAUACGCAUCUUCAUCCUCUUCAUUCUCUUCAAUUGUGGUUGUAGAUCCAUCGAUUGAAUACUGGAAUAAUGCAAUGUAUAGACGACCAAACACCUGCUCAGAUAAAUUUAAGAACCCAGAUCUCAACUUGAGUAAACUAACAGAAGAUGUAUCUCCAUCAGUUUUAUCAUAUAUUUGUCAAACUUACUGGGAUUGUCUUCAUCCAAAGUUCUCAGCUGACUGGCCAACUUUUUGGAAUAGAUCUGGUGACCCUGAACGAAAUCAAGUUUGUAUUGAUUCGGGUCUUGCCAUUAUAUUCUUACACAUCAUUCGCCACAACAAAAAUGCUUCUGAACAUGCCCACGAUAUUGCUUAUCACUAUUUCGGUCGUGCAAGGGAAGCCAUGAUGGACUACUUUGACUCGCCUGAUGCCACAACCAUUGAAACUUUACUCAACCUAUCCAUGUUUUGUGUAUUACAUAAACGGCAUUCUCAAUCACGCAUGUACAUUAGCCUUGCUUAUCGCAUGAGUAUUCAACUCAACAUUCACCAAAUGUCAACUCUCAUGACCUUCAAUCGACUACAAAGAAAAAAAUAUUUAAAAUUAUAUUUGGGACUUUAUUACAAUGAUAUCGCUAUAUCUACUUAUUCUGGAGAGCCGCCCUUAUUAGAUGACACUGUAUCUGAUAUAAACUUUUAUGAUCUUUUACAGCUGAAUAAGGAACUGGUGGAACACCAAGAAGCAAAUUAUGAUGAUAAAACUAUUGCCAAAGAAUCAUUCUAUGUCUAUUUGUUGGAGCUUGCUAAAAUUGGAAAACGUAUACAAUCCAUGACCCAAGACUACCAACGACAAAACUUACAACAUCAUCAUUCUGGUAUAUUGCCUUUGCGUUGGAUCAAAAAGAUUCAGGAAUUGGAAAUUGCACUGGCGACUUGGUUCGACCGUCUGCCAGUCAUGUAUCGCGUAGACCCUAAACCUAUCCGAUUAUUUGCAGAUAUUCAUAAGAAGGAACACGAUCAUCAUGCUGUUUUGGAUGCAGCCAUGUUACGCGAACAGUCUGGAUUAUUAUUAAUGAUACAAUACCAAACACAAUGGAUUCAACUUCACAAGACAUUUUUAUCUCCCAAUACCAAUAAUUUUAGUUCGACUCUAGAUCUAGAUGAUUUAUCACCGCCUUCACCACUCGAAACUUUACCAUAUCGAACACAUCGGUCCUAUCAAAUUUGCACAGAUGCUGCUAACCGUAUCGUGAUCAUGUCUGAAGUUAUUACCGAAAGAUUUGAUUGGUGCGUUUGUCAGCAAUUCAUUAGUUGUGUCUAUCAAGCAUCCACCGUAUUCUGUAAAAGUGUGAUCAACAAAGACCAUGCCCAAAAGGCAUCCAAGGCAAUGAUUCAACGUAUUACAUCUGUAUUAGCAGCGAGUAAAAUCAACUAUAACGGAUUACCGGAUGAUUUAACGGCUUGUUUAAAUGAUUUUCUGGCGGAGAAUGAUAUUCUGGAUGAACAAAAAACGGUAGAAAUGCUAGGACAAAUAUUUUCUGAUUCGGAACGAUCUUCCCAUCAUGUCGUAUUUAACGAUAGAAUGUUCAACUCACCACAUAUGCACCAGAAAUGUCAAUCUCAACAAUUGGCAAUAAAACCAACAUUUACACUAAAUAACGGACCUCCCACAGAAGCCAUGUUUUCUAUAAAGAUUGAAAAUCCAGAUGUUGUACCAGUGGAUUUGGAACCCAAUCAUAAAAACUGGAGGUGCAAAUUCUCUUCAUCAAAUAUUGCUCAGGUUGAGCAUCGCAUCAUGUAAUAAUUAAACAAAAAAAAAACAAAAAAAAAACACAGAUCUGUCAAACCAUGAUUGGUUGACUGAGUAUUUAUUAUUGCUCUUCCC